UUCUACUCUGCUUCUUCCAACUACAGUUUUCUCUCAACACAACGAUGCCGCUGCCUAACCGCCACGCCGCGUCACCUACACGAACUACCCCUAACGCCCCAGCAAAUUGUAAAUCUCCGUAGGCUCUGGUUUCUUCCACUAGCGAAGACCAGUUUUUCUGCGGCCGGCGCCGCCGCUUUCCCCGCCUCUCUGAUUAGGGUUUCACUCCCGCGUCUAUUAAUCGAUCUCUAAUUGUUUCUGUGCUCGUGUCCAUCGUGAGGAAAAGGAUCUGAAAUAGAGAAUAGGAAUUUAUUGAGACGUGUGAGAGGAUUGCUGGGAAAGCUCGCCACUCGAUCUAUCUCCGUUUCCGGAAAACAGCAGCACCAAGAAGUCCGUUGCCUGAACAUCCACAAGUAUCAGGUUUUCACUCCGUUCCAUUUCGUCUUUCUCGGUCUCCGCACCGACGUAGCCAGUAUGCACUUUAAUGUAUGGAUAACUUUUAGGUUUUGCAGAUGCACAUUUUGGGGCGUAGAUUAUGAUUGAUGUGUAAAUGAGUCUUGGAAAAAUGGACAGGGUCUUGGACAUUUUUGGCGGAAUGGACAUCUUGUGGCGAUUAUUAGCCUAAAAGGCGUGGCAAUUGGCUCUAUUAGUGAAGUCAAGAAAGCUUUGCGAGAAGUAUUUCUGAACCAUAGUGAGGGGAUGAAUAUCUUGCUCAUGUGGCAGUUCUCAUCAGUGGUGAAGUCAUCGUCCAAGACAUCAAGUGGCAGUCAUUGUCAGGCCAGAUGAGUUUGACAGCAGAUUCCCCGGUACAUUCAUCUAGCAGUGAUGACUUGGCAGCAUUUCUAGAUGCAGAGUUAGAUACUACUUCUGAUGUAUCUGCUGAUCUUGAAAUUUUUGAGGAAAAUGAGGAAAUAGCUGAUCAUAGUAAGGAAGAUAUUGUCGAUGAGACCAACUAUGAUUUGGAUCUCAAGAGAGUUAAAAGGCGCAAGGUAGACUUAUCCGAUGGUGUGUCAAGUCCACAAAGUUCUUCGUCUGAAGUUGAGGCGACAAAAGGUUCCAGUGGGUUAACGUCUGGGCAGCAGUCGUGCCCUCAUCCUGGUGUUUAUGCAGGGAUGUGCAUGAAGUGUGGACAGAAAAUGGAUGAUGAAGCCGGUGUUGCAUUUGGAUACAUACAUAAGAAUUUGAGGCUUGCUAAUGAGGAAAUUGCCCGGCUACGUGACAAGGACUUCAAGAACUUGAUACGUCGUAGAAAGCUUUAUUUGAUUCUUGAUUUAGAUCACACACUGCUCAAUUCAACUCGGCUUCCUGAUAUUAUUGGAGACGAAGGAUACUUACAUGAUCGAGAUGCUUUGCCAGAUAACUUAAAGAGCAGCUUAUUUAGACUGGAUCAUAUGCUUAUGAUGACGAAGUUGAGGCCAUUUGUGCAUGCCUUUCUAAAAGAAGCUAGUAGUUUGUUUGAGAUGUACAUAUACACAAUGGGCGAACGUCCCUACGCUUUAGAGAUGGCGAAGUUGCUCGAUCCUGGAGAUGUCUACUUUAACUCUCGAGUAAUUGCACAAGGGGAUUGCACACAAAAGUUUCAGAAGGGUCUUGAUGUUGUUAUGGGGCAAGAAAGUGCAGUCCUCAUUCUCGAUGAUACGGAAAGGGUGUGGGCAAAACACCAGGAUAAUUUGAUAUUGAUGGAAAGAUACCACUUCUUUGCUUCAAGUUGCAAGCAUUUUGGCUUUAACUGUAAAUCACUCUCUGAACAAAGAACCGAUGAGAGUGAGACUGAAGGUGCAUUGUCAACUGUUCUUAAAGUUCUUCAACGGGUUCACACUUUAUUCUUUGACCAGGAACGAAAGGAUAAUCUAGAGGACCGAGAUGUAAGGCAGGUGCUAAAGACCGUCCGCCGGGAAGUAUUGCAGGGUUGUAAAAUUGUCUUCAGUCGAGUUUUCCCAACCAAUUUCCCUGCCGAACAACAUCACCUAUGGAAAAUGGCCGAACAAUUAGGAGCCACUUGCGUGACAGAACUCGACCAAUCUGUUACACAUGUUGUUGCUAUGGAUGCAGGCACAGACAAAUCCCAUUGGGCUGUGAAGCAGAAGAAGUUUCUCGUCCUACCAAGUUGGCUCGAAGCAUCCAAUUACAUGUGGCGAAAGCAGCCGGAAGAAAAAUUCCCGGUCCCUCAUAAGUCAUAAGAUAAGUACCUUCACCAACCUCUAGAUUCAUAGUAUUUGGCUAUUUGCUUGCUUGUUAGUUUUGGACUUUGCCUGUGAAUUUUCUUCGAUUGUUGUCGUAUGCUUGGGCUCUUUAAUUUUUUUUAAUCAGAAAACAACUGAUACCAACUGAUGCUAGAAUAUAAUUGAGCUUAGGAUGAAUGAAUGAAUGAUAAACGUAGCUUUCAUUGGAGAAAAA